AUGUACUCUCCAGCGCCUCAGGAUAUGCACAGCCAAAAGGGAAGCCAAGGGUACCAGGACAGCGACAACCAAAGGAAAUGCUUCAGGGGUGCAGCCCUCCUCAGAUGGGGAAAUCAGCCACUGGAUAGAGAGAAAACAGGUGGCGCACACACCUAGUGCAUUAUCCAAGGUUUAUUGUAGGAGUGAAAGAAUAAUAAAAACAUACUCACAGACGAAGAAUGUAUCUAAAAAGCAUAGAAAAAUGACAAUGGCCACAACGGCAGGCAAGGUGUUCUCACUGUCAGUGCGGUCAAAUAGCUGACGCGUUUCGGGGACAAAUCCCUUUCCUCAGAGCUGAUGACCAGCCUCUGA